AUGUACAUAUGUAUGCGUCAUGUGUCAUGUGUAUGUAAUUUAUAUAUAACUAACGUCCUCCAAACUGUGUAGCACUUGACUCUGAUUAUUAGAAGUUAGUUCUCUUCUGCAUUGCAUCGAGUCUGAAAAGAAAAAAAUAAGUCGGAUAGAAAAAUGUGGAUUGAAAUCUUAUUAUUCGUCGCACUUUUGGUGUACACCUUUUGGAACGUGUUAUUUGGGGUUCGACCGAAAAAUUAUCCGCCAGGUCCUUUAAGACUUCCAAUCGUGGGGAGUUUGCCAUUUUUGGGGACGAACCCACUAAAUACACUCACAAAAUGGAAAGAAACUUAUGGAAAUGUAAUUGGGUUGAGAUUUGGAGACUUUAAUGUGGUCGUGCUGAGCGGAUAUGAAACGAUAAAGGAAGCGUAUGAUAAGCCCGAAUUCAGCGGUCGUCCCUCCCUCGGCCCCAUUCUGCUUAUCGCUGGGAAGGAAAAAAGAGGUCUCGUGGCGUCCGAAGGGCCCCACUGGUCGGAACAGAGACGUUUUGCACUUCGGAACUUGAGAGAUUUCGGUUUCGGUAAAAAAUCGAUGGAAAUUGGAAUUCAAGAAGAUGUGACAGAUUUGAUAAGCAAGCUUAAAAGGCAAAACGGGAGUCCUAUCACGACGGAGAGAAUGCUCAGUUUGGUUGUCCUCAGCUCCCUGUGGAGUAUCGUGGCUGGGGAAAAGAUGUCCAUCGAUGACCCCAAAGCCACCGAACUGCUCAACACUUUUAACGCUGUAAUCUCAACAACUUCCAUUGCCGGUCCGACCUUUUUCAUGCCGUGGAUUGCAAAACUAGCCCCGAAAAUGACUGGUUGGUCAAGUUUCGAAUCUGCAAUUAUUUUGAUAAAAGGUUUCAUGAGGGGAAAAAUCCAAGAGCAUAAGGAUUCUCACGUGGAAAACAAUCCGAGAGAUUACAUGGACGUUUAUUUGGAUGAGAUGAAGUCGACGAAAGACUCGACGUCAUCAUUUUAUGGGAAAGCUGGAGAGGAGCACAUGUUGGUUGGAAUGAUAAACUUAUUCGGAGCGGGUGCCGAGACUACGUCGAACACUUUGAAUUGGUCGUUUUAUUUCCUUGCGGAGAACCAGCAAGUGCAGAAAAGGAUGCAGGAAGAGCUGGACGCCGUCGUGGGAAGAAAUCGGCUUCCGUCGUUGGAAGACAAAAAUAAAAUGGUAUACACGGAGGCUGUAAUGCAAGAAAUAUUUCGAAAAUCGUCCAUAAUUCCGUUUGGUGUGUUUCACAAUUUGAUGGAAACGGUGACCUUUCAAGGAUACGAGAUUCCCAAAAAUACCGCUGUAAUGAGCAACAUUUAUGAAGUUCAUCACGAUCCGAAAACCUGGGGAGAUCCUGAAGUCUUCCGACCAGAACGAUUUCUCAGCUCGGAUCACAAAAGUGUGAUCAAAGCUGGCCCAGUGAUUCCGUUUUUGAUUGGAAAACGGUCUUGUUUAGGCGAAACGCUAGCCCGAGUAACUUUUUACCUCGUUCUGACCGGAGUUGUACAACGUUUCCGGAUAUCUUUCGACCCCAAUACGAAAAUUGAAGAUAAGGGGAUUCCAUCCUUGAUUAGGUUCCCUCCGAAAAAUAAGCUGAUCUUUGAAAACCGUUAUGAUUAGGGUAAUUAAUUACAGAAUUAAUUACAUUUA